GGUUAGAUGACGCAUGUUGCGUUGGCUUUGAGCUCCUGAUAUACUUAGCUGCUUUGUUUGAAUCUGAAAUAAAAUCAAUCAUUUGAUAUGACAAGUGGGGUUCAUAUAUCUUCGAUGACCUUCUUCGUCGUCAUUUAAUAUCAGGUGGACGUGUUCCUCCAUUUAACUCAAUUGGUACUGCGAAGACAAAUUUUGAUUGAGAUGCCAGUUUUUUAAAUAACAUUGACAUCACACCUAUCACCCGCUAGUACCUCACAGACGUUAGGCGGGUACCCAUACCACGUGAUUAUUUGACAUUCGGACAACGUAACAUCCGUCUUCCCCUAUUCCCGUUCUUCGCCAAAAUUUGAGUAUCGGUUCCCGGUAGUGCACUGUGCUACACCGUGGGCUCGCGAAAAAAUCCUUAAUGUUUUCUCUACUGAAUAUUUUGACAUUGAAAGUUCGGUAAUUGAUUUAAAGGUGACAAAGCUCUGCACAUACCACGGAUAGAUCCCCUGGAAAUGCAUCCGUUUACAGUUCAAACUGACAGCAGCCAAGUAGCAUUACGAUUGAGUUUCAAAAAACCUUUUAUUGGUGGAAUGAGUAAUUCAACAAUUACGCAUGUUGAAUUAGAUGUAGAUAAGGACUGUUAUUGGAAACUCGACGUAAUUACACCAGCUUUAAGCGUGUUCGGUGAAUAUGAAAUUGAUGGGAAACUAAUGAUGUUUGAACUAAAUGGACACGGAAGAUGCAACAUUACAACUUUGGACCUACAUCAUACCCAGACUAUGAAAUGCGAAAGGUACAAAAAGAAUGGAAAAGACUACAUCAGAGUAACCGACUAUCAAAUAAAAGCGAAACCAGCAAAAGUGGUUUAUUAUUUUGAGGAGUUGGUUCCGAAUAACAAUCAAAUCACACAAGCAAUCCUCGACACAUUUAAUGGAGAAGAAGAGUCCAUGUUAAUUUAUGAUGAAUUGUCCACAAUGUUGGUGAAGUAUAUUGCGGAAAUGCACAAAAUUACUAUACAAGAAGCCUUCAACCACUUACCUUUAGAUGAGUUCUUCCCAUUGUAAUUUCAUUAUUGUUUUUUGUUAUGUAUCUUAUUAUUUUAUUGUGAAUUUUGUUGAAAUAAACUGAUGGUAACACACAAAUUAACAACAAUAA